CAACUCCAACUCCAACUCCAACUCCAACUCCAAGUUUACAAUCUAAAAUUGCUUUUGAACGAGCUCGUAAGAUUACAAAAAAAUUAAAUAUUCCUUCCAAAAUAGAUAUAAAUGGUGAUAUGGUACUUGAUAUGGAUGGUUAUAAACCUAAUUCUCAAAAGAAUAUUGAUGAUUCUGAUGAAUUAUUUAAAAGAAUCUUUUUAGAAGAAAUUAAAGAUUCAACCAAUUUUGGUGAUGAUGUUGAAAAUGUUGAAUUAGGAUCUUGGGAUCAAUAUAUUAGUAAAGAUGAAGAUGGGAAUAUUAGAAUAUUAAAUAAAAAUAGUGAAUUAAAUCUUGAUCAUGAUUUAGAUAAUAAUGAUGCAGUAGUAUUUGAUGAUGGAGUUUCAUCAAUUAAUACUUUAAAUACUAGUAUAAAUGAUGAAGAAUCAAUUCUGACAAAUUCAAAUUCAAAUGCAAAUACAAAAACAUAUUUUAAAACACUUCGAUUAACUUCAGAACAAUUACAAAGUAUGAAAUUACAUUAUGGAGAAAAUCAAUUAAAAUUUAAACUUAAUGAAGGAAAUUCUCAAAUUUAUUCAAAUUUAUAUUUAUGGAAAUCAACAACUCCAAUUGUAAUAUCAGAUAUUGAUGGUACAAUAACAAAAUCAGAUGCUUUAGGUCAUGUUAUGAAUUUAUUAGGUAAAGAUUGGACUCAUCCUGGUGUUGCUACAUUAUUUUCUGAUAUUUCUGCUAAUGGUUAUAAUAUAAUGUAUUUAACAGCAAGAUCAGUUGGACAAGCUGAAGGUACAAGACAAUAUCUUUCAGGUAUUGUUCAAGAUGGAGGAAUUAAAUUACCUAAAGGACCAGUUAUUUUAAGUCCUGAUAGAACUAUGGCAGCUUUAAGAAGAGAAGUUAUAUUAAAAAAACCUGAAGUAUUUAAAAUGGCAUGUUUAAGAGAUAUAAGAAGUUUAUAUUUUCAUGAAAAUAAUGAAAAUAAUGAAGAUAGAACUCCAUUUUAUGCUGGAUUUGGUAAUAGAAUUACUGAUGCAAUAUCUUAUAGAUCAGUAAAAAUUCCAUCUCAUAGAAUUUUUACAAUUAAUCCUAAUGGAGAAGUUCAUAUGGAAUUAUUAGAAUUAGCUGGUUAUAAAUCAUCAUAUUUACAUAUUGGAGAAUUAGUUGAUCACUUUUUCCCUCCAAUUAGGCAAGUACCAAUGGAAUCUUAUUGGAAUGAUGAUCAAUUAAAUGACUAUAUAAAUUUUAAACAAAAUGAACAACUGGAACAAGAAGGAAUUGAACUUCGAACUCCAAUUAUUGGUUCACCAAGAAUUCCUGGAUCUCCAAGAAGUAUUAAUGAAGAUAAUUUUAUGGAUUUACAACCACCAGAUGAAAGAUUUAAUGAUGUUAAUUAUUGGAGAGAACCAAUUAAUUUUAGUGAUAUUAGUGAUGAAGAUACUGAUAAUCAAAUAAUUACUCCCACUCCUAAAUCUCCUGCUUUAUUAUCAUUAAAAUCAUUUACAGCUGAACCUACACCUGAAUUAUUGGUUGAAUCAAAUGAUCAAAGAAGAAAUAGAAGUCGAUCAUCAUCAAGAGUUGUACCUCCAGAAAGGCCAACUUCUGUAUCUUCAUUUACUUUACCAUUACAAAAUUUUAUGAAAUUUGGGGUUGGUAGAGGAGAUGAUGAAGAUGAUGAUGCCGAUUAUGCAGAUGUUGUACUUGAUAAAAAUAGACCUGUAGUAGAUGCUUCAUAUACUGAUGAGAGUAUGAUAGCCGAUAAUGAUGACCUUCUUGAUGAUGAUGAGGAUGAUGAAGAUUACACAGAUGAUGACUAUGAAGAUGACUACGAUGAAGAGGAAGAUGAUGACUAUGAUGAAGAGGAAGAGGAAGAGGAUGAAGAUGAAGAUGAAGAAGAGUAUGAAGAUGAAGAUGAAGAUGAAGAUGUAGAUGAAGCAGAACAGAAUGAGUAUGAUGAAGAGGAUGAUCUUGAUGAAGGAGAUGGGCUCCCAGAAGAAGUAAAGACAUCUAUACCUGCAUCGAUUGUUAUGACGGCAAAUGAACUUCAAGCCCUUAAUAUUAACAAAUAGUUAGAAUAGUAUAUAUAUAAUUAUACGUAUAAUGAAUAAGUAUAAGACAAGACUAUGGGGACAGUCAAGUCGUGUG